CGCCCAAUUCUCCGCACGUGCCUGCCUCAGUACCCGGCUGGAGGAAGGCGAGCCGAAAUGUCCGACUCCAAGUUCUACCGACGGAGGCGACUGGAACUAUUAGUUCCGCUUUCCCGGCUAUUCGGUUCCCUAACUGACCCCCGGAAUCCUGGGUUCUUAUUGUUCUCAGGUACAGUUUCGUCUCCCCAGUACUCACAAACUCCCGGUUCUGUCCCUUAAUGAGGUCUGACUUGGAGGUUUCGUUCCUGAGGGGAAAUUUGAAAGUUAAUGAUUGUUUCCGGGAGGAGCUGAGAAGGCGACGCUCACUUCCGGCGGGGGGAGGCCUGCUGACCCGGGAUGGAGGAGGCGGAGGACCUGUUCUUGCAGGCAGCGAGACAGCAGUUGGCCCCCGACCCGCUCCAGGGGCCGGACUCAGGAUGGAGCCCUUCCGGAGAAGGCGGUGCACAGGACCGCAAAGAUUUCCCCCCAGGGCCGACCCGAGCCAUUCUCGCUCUAAAGAGCCUUCCCCGGGGCUUGGCUCUGGGUCCCUCCCUCGCGAAGAAACAGCGCUUGGGGGUCUGGUGUGUCGGGGAACCCUUGCAGCAAGGAAUGCUCUGGGGGCCGCUGGAAGAGGAGGCUGCCUCGCAGCAGGAGGGCGAGGGAAUGAGCAGACAGCAGGAGGAGGACACGUCACUAGGCCCAUGGGGAGACGUGCGUGCUUGUGAGCAGAGUUCGGGUUGGACCAGUUUGGUGCAGCGGGGCAGGCUGGAGGAGGAGGGAAACGUGGCUCCUGUGCGAAUCAGUGGAAGGCUCCACUUGCAGGUGUGCUGGGCCGUGCUGCCAGGCUUUGAACUACUUCUGCGGCCUGGGCCCCCUUCUGCACACCUGAGCCCCAUCCAGCCCAAGCUAGAGAAGGAGGCAGCCAUGGCUGUGGUGACUGAAGUGGAGUCAGCUAUACAACAGGAAGUGGCCUCUCCUGGGGAGGACGCAGCAGAACCUUGCACAGAUCCUGGUCACCAGCCUACCCCCAGCACCCAGGUAAAGAGCACAGCCAGCCCUGAACGUAACACCCAAACCUGGGACCUGCUUUCCAAGGAGAGCCACCCCCUCGGUCCAUUGCCUCAGGAUGACAGCACAGACGAGGAGGACCGACCCGAGACACAGAUGCCGCCUGACCCUCCGAGCAGCUUGGCUACCUCAGAGCAGCAGGGCCCAGAGUGCCCUGAGGCCAGUUCCUCCUCUUCUGCCCAACCACCUUAUCUGACUAAGAGUCUGUGUAGCUCUGAUGAGCAGGGCCCCCCCUCAGAGCCCGAGGCCCUGCAGGCUGGAGAACACCAGCACCCCGGCUUCCCUGCAUGCUUGCAGAACUCUCCAGGCCUGACGGAAAGCUCCCCAAAACAGGGGCGCCGGUACCGAUGUGGGGAAUGUGGCAAAGCGUUCCUGCAGCUGUGCCACCUGAAGAAGCAUGCCUUCGUGCACACGGGCCACAAACCCUUCCUUUGCACUGAGUGUGGCAAGAGCUAUAGCUCAGAGGAGAGCUUCAAAGCCCACAUGCUGGGCCACCGUGGGGUGCGGCCCUUCCCCUGCCCUCAGUGUGACAAGGCCUAUGGCACCCGGCGGGACCUCAGAGAGCACCAGGUGGUUCAUUCAGGUGCCCGGCCCUUUGCUUGUGACCAGUGUGGCAAGGCCUUUGCCCGCCGGCCUUCCCUGCGGCUGCAUCGAAAGACCCACCAGGUGCCAGCUGCCCCCGCCUUGUGCCCAUGCCCUGUGUGUGGACGUCCCCUAGCCAACCAGGGCUCCCUGCGGAACCACAUGCGGCUCCACACGGGGGAGAAGCCCUUCCUAUGCCCACACUGUGGCCGGGCAUUCCGCCAGCGGGGCAAUCUGCGUGGGCAUUUGCGGCUGCACACAGGGGAGCGUCCCUACCGCUGCCCGCACUGUGCUGAUGCCUUCCCCCAGCUGCCUGAACUGCGGCGCCACCUCAUCUCCCACACCGGGGAGGCCCACUUGUGCCCGGUGUGUGGGAAGGCCCUCCGAGACCCACAUACCCUGCGUGCUCACGAGCGCCUGCACUCGGGGGAGAGGCCCUUCCCGUGCCCCCAGUGUGACCGCGCUUACACGCUGGCUACCAAGCUGAGGCGCCACCUCAAAUCCCACCUGGCAGACAAGCCUUAUCGCUGCCCUACCUGUGGCAUGGGCUACAGCCUCCCCCAAAGCCUCAAGCGACACCAGCUCAGUCACCAACCCGGGCUGCUGUCCAGCCCGUCCCAUGUGCCGCCUGUGGCUUCUGAGCCUACCGUGGUGCUACUGCAGACCGAGCCAGAGCUGCUGGACACAGGCAGUGAGCAGGAUGGCUCCCCGGUGCAGGACGUCUUUGCAGUCGCCAUCUCAGAGAGUCAGGAGAAAUGCUUUGUGGUGCCAGAGGAGCCAGGCCCCUCCCACAGCUUGGUGCUCAUCCAGAAGGACGUGGGCUUCAGCACCUGGGCAGAAGUGGUGGAGGUGGAGACGGGCCCCUGACACCCUCUGUAUAAACACUAGUGUUUUCCAGCUCCUGCCUGGUUGCCUCUUUUUUCUGUCUGCGUUGCCUAGUAGAGUCAGGAGUCUCUUAAGAGGAGCAGGUAAAGGACUCCCUUCCUGCUUAGGGAGCACCACAGUGUUUCCAAAGAUACUAAGGGUCAACCUUCUCUAGAUUGGAAAAUAAGCCAGAGGUACUGGGUCGGGGAGGAGUGUGGGGGGAGUGUAACAGGAUUCACCAGAGUCAGUGGGGAGCAGAACAGGCGGAUCCACGGAAAUACACUGCUAAGGGGACAGUGGGUGAGUCGGGGGAGGUCUGUUGCACCAUGUGGGUAGCUCCCUGGCAGAAUCCUUCCUCAGGCCUUCACAGUGAUAGCAGAUCUGGGACUACUUAACCCUUAAGCCACCAGGGAGGCCCAGAUUUGAGAUCUUUUUAUUGAUUUCCAGGAGAGCUUGAUCUGUCUCCUUCCUUAGACGCUCCCCCAGGUGCCUGUUCAUACAGAGUGGGGGUGACCCUUCACGUGGGAGGAAGAGGGUCACUGGCUACAGCCCUGCACCUGCUUAGUGUGAGGCUGGCCACUGCCGGCAGUUUCCCUGAGCCACAAGCUCCUCUCCCUACAACCAAAAUGAGUGACUUGAGUGUUAAAAAGCCAGACGCUGAGCUCAGCUCACAGCUCCUUUAUCUCUGAUUCAGGCUGUAGGUUAUUUUGGCAGCUUUUCUCACCACCUGAGAGCUGCAAAGUUGAUUUUCAUUCUGCGCUAAAGGACACCA